CCCCAAAAUAUCCACACGUAUUCCCUUCCCUUCACAAUCGAUCUGAAUUUGAGUUAGACGGUGGUGAAAGCUCCGCCUCGAUUCGCUUGUAAAUUUAUAUUAUUUAGAGAAAUUCAAUGGAUACCAAUAGUUGGAGGCCCAAUCCGAGUCAAGAUCCCGUUGGGGGAGGCGGAGGAGCAGGAGGCGCCGGAGGCGGAGAAGAACCCACCAUGGACACUGGCGAUUGGAGGAACCAAUUGCCGCCCGAUUCUCGUCAAAGAAUUGUGAACAGAAUAAUGGACACAUUGAAGAGGCAUCUUCCUGUUUCUUGCCCAGAGGAAUUACAUGAAUUCAAUAAAAUGGCCAUAAGGUUUGAGGAAAAGAUUUACACUGCUGCCACAAGCCAGUCAGAUUAUCUACGAAAAAUAUCUCUGAAGUUGCUUACAAUGGAAACCAAGUCUCAGAAUCCUAUAGUCAAUUCUUUGCCAUCCAAUGCUGCUGGCAGUGGCAAUGAGCACCCAGAUUCAGUUGUAGCGUCUCUAGAUUCCAUGGCUCAGACAGGACAUGCAAAUGGGGGUGAUCGGCAAGAGGAGGCUUAUCAAAAGGCAAUAUGAGAUGACUUACGAAUUCACCUCUAGAUUUUUGGAUGAAAAGUUUCUUGUGUGGGUUGUUAGAUUUGAGUCUGGGUGAAAUUUGGGCUUAAUUGCAAUGUAUCUGGCUUCUGAACAACAGGAUAUAACAAUUAUAUAAGUAUAUAGAACAGAACUUCCCAUCUUUAUAUUAUUCGAAGAA